AUUUGUCAAUUCGAUUUCAAAAUGCAAAUGUCAAACAAUACGUAGAGGUUAUGUUUGGAUAAGUUUGAGCGGUUAACGCUGACCCUCCCUCGGCUCGCGAAGCUCUGACAUGGAUGAAUUGAAGCACAGAGCUGGUGAAAAACUCGAAGCACUGCAUGUAGCUGCCAAAACUGCAGCUGAUAAUGGAAAGUCCCGAGUUCAGGAUGUCGUCCAGACUACAGUGGAAGCUAUACAAAAGAUCCGCGAGGCGUUCCACAGCGUUUGGCACAACGAGCUGAUCGCGGAGGGUCGCGAGCGCGUCGCCGCCUGGUCCGAGGAGGCGGUGCGACGCAUACGUGAGGGUGCUCCGCCCUUGUCGCCGGUGCUGCUGUAUGAAGAGCUGGUGGCGUUGUGGCAGGAUAGAGUAUGGCGCCGCAGCAUGUUGAUAUUCGCGUGCGGCGCAGUAGUGGGCGGCAGCGCCGGCGUGCUCGUCGGGCUGCGCCUCGCCCGCCGCGCGCCCGCCGGCCCGCACGCGCGCGCGCUGCACUCGCAGGCCGACCAGUCUGUCAUCCUGGUCGAAGACGCCGUGGCACCGGGUGCUGGAACAGGCGAAGUGCUAGUCCGUGUGCAAGCGUUCAGCAUCUGCACAGUAGACCGAGGAGCGCUGCGCGGUCGAGCACACCUGCUGCGGUCGCUGCUGUACCGCGGCCAUGUCACCGUGGGCAGGGGGUUCGCGGGUGUUGUACUGGACGUCGGUCAAGGCGUCACAGACUUGGAAAUGGGCGACGAAGUGUGGGGUUGCGUCAGUGAAUGGGCUGGUGGAGCGGCUACUGAACUGUUGACUAUACGUAGUACUCGAGUGAGCAAGCGUCCCCGCGGCAUGGCGGCUGACACGGCGGCGUCCAUGCCCUGGGCCGGGGGCGAAGCCCUAAUAGCGCUGCGAAAGCUUGCCUAUACACCUGAGAAUAGUAAGGGAAAACGCGUGGCAGUGUGCGGCGCGGCGAGCGGGGAGGGCUGCGCGCUGGUGCAGCUGCUGAGCACGUGGGGCGUGCACGUCACUGUCGUCGCGCCACGACACGCUGCGCUUACGCUGAAGGAUCUGGGCGCGCAGGACUUCGUGGAUAUCGAGGGUAACCGCGAGACGGGCGCGUGGUCGAGCCUGGAGGCGCGGGCGCGGCGCACGGGCCCGUGGGACGCCGUGCUGGCCUGCGCCGCCGCCGAGCUGCCGCCAGCCGCGCUCGCUAAUAAACCUGCGCUGCUCAAGGCGACAGCGCCGCGCCGAGCGUUCCUGGACAUCCGGCCGGGCCCGAUGAUCACCGACCGCCUGCCGACGCCAUUCGCUAUCAUAUUCGCCACAUCAUUUUAUACGUAUAGGGUCCUAAGGUGGCUAGUAGGCUGUGGUUCGCACACAGACUGGCUAGAGGACAGAUUCCGGCUGCGAGAGGGACUGGACACACUCACCAAGCUCGUGGAACGUGGGGCGUUGGCGCCUAUACUUGAUAAGGUGUAUCUGCCACAAGAGUUCGAGAGUGCACUAGCACACGCGUGCAGCGACGAUGCAAUCGGCACUUCAGUCAUACGCUUCCCGUAGUAUCUACUCUUACUCUUCCUGGUGCCCUGGUAUCCAGUCAAAGGAACUAUGAAGAAAUGGCCUGAAGGUCUGAGCUACCAGGGCCUCAUAACCCGUAAGCUGUAUAUAGGAACCUAAAUGUAAUGUUCCUGUGGAAUGUUGUUCCUAAUUUUUAUAUAGGAAAGUGUAUUUGAAUAUUUGAUCGCAUGUGAAGUCAAUCAUGAAGUCUUUAUUCCUUCUAUAGGUUUAUUUUUGUUCUUCGUUUUAAUGCCAGUAACUCUUUGAAAGGAAAUUAUAUUUUAGAAUUAAUUUACUUCCCCAAAACUCAUAAGUUUUCUACCAAAUGUAUUUAUCAUGUUUUUAUUAUUUGAUUGUAUGGCAACACAUGAAUUUACAUCAACAUAUUGCCUGCUGUGAAAAUUUUGAUUAUCUAUGUUGGUUAUUUUUAAAGAUUUUAAAUACUUGUUUAUUUUUUAAGUAUUAUUUUAAUUUACCCUUUUAUUUAACAAGGGUGGAAAUAAAACAUUUAAAGAACCGUGUCUCGAAGUAAAACAAAACCCACCAAGCGUCACAACAUCUCAAGACUGUAGAAAUAUGAACAGAUCUGUAAAUAAUGUAAAUACAUUACUAAAUAUAUGUUACUAAAUCAAAUAGGUGCUCAAAUGUACAU